AUGUCAGGUGGUCCAUCCAAGCAGGGGAGAUUACCACCAGGGUCCAGCAAAGAGGCAGGUGCUGUCGGCUUCUCGGUGAUUAUCAAACUCAUUUUCUUUACAUUAUGCAUGUUUGUUUUACCGAUCGCCACGUACUAUUACUCGGUUGAUGGUCUAUUUGAAGGCAACGGAACGUAUGCAGCAGGAGCAGCUGCGGGGAUGGCAAACUUAGUUGCACUAUGCUACAUCGUCGCAGCAGUGUUGGAGGACAAGGACAAGGAUAAGGACAAGCAAGAUUAG